AUGGCGUGGUCCAAAUCCACCCGCAUCAGCAUCAUGCUGGGCAUCGACAUCGUCUUCUUCCUUGUCGAGCUCAUCACCGGCUUCGUUGUCUCGUCCCUUGCGCUUACCGCCGAUGCCUUCCACAUGCUCAACGACAUCAUAUCGCUGCUGGUCGGUUUGUGGGCUGUCAAUCUCGCGCGCAAGGCCACUACCGACAAGUACUCCUACGGCUGGCUGCGCGCAGAGAUCCUCGGCGCCUUCUUCAACGCCGUCUUCCUGAUCGCGCUUUGCGUCUCCAUCGUCCUCGAGGCCAUCACCCGGUUCUUCGAGCCUCCCGAGAUUUCCAACCCGAAGCUCAUCCUCAUUGUUGGCUGCUUCGGUCUCGCCUCAAACCUCGUCGGCUUCGUAGUGCUCGGCGGCCACGGGCAUUCACACGGACACGAGCAUGGCGAGCACGGCGAGCACGAACACGACCACGGCCACGAACAUGCGCACAGUGGACAUGACGAGCUGAGCCAGGCUGAACAGGGCAGGGCCAACCAGGAAGAGGAGGAGACCGGUCCGGUUGUGGAACACCUCCCCGAGGUCGCCGUGUCUAGGUUUCAGCAUAAGAGCUCCCCGUCUACGGCAUCGAAGCGGAUAUCGUUCGACGAGACCCAACAAACACCCGAGAGAACAAGCAGCAGGACAGGCCAGGCCGGCAGGUCGCGGAGGCGGACAAACAGUGGCCGUAACCAAGUCACUAACAUUGACGACAUCAGCAUCUACCCGUCCAGCUUCCGGCAGGAUAUUAUCGCCGCGUCUAGACCUCGUCCGCAUGAUUCAACAGACGAGUCGGAAAGCACCGACGAGGAGAACGCUAUCGCGGAGGAGCCGGCUAUAGAGACCACGCCGCUGGUUGGAAAUAAGGGCAACCUAGGCAACGCUAAGCACGCCGACUACACACCUAAGAGGCACAGAAGGGACUCGAGCUUGCACCACACGCACAAUCACAACAAACCCCGCAAGCCAGGUCAGUCGAGCCAUGGUCACAAUCAUGGCGACAUGGGCAUGAAUGCUAUGGUGCUUCACGUCCUCGGCGACGCCCUUGGCAACGUCGGCGUCAUUGUGACAGCCCUCAUCAUCUGGCUGACCGACUGGCCCGGCAAGCACUACGCCGAUCCAGCCGUAUCCUUGUUUAUCACCCUCAUCAUCCUCAAAUCUGCGCUUCCUCUUACCUUCGCCACGUCCAAGAUCCUGCUGCAAGCCACACCAGAGGGCAUCGAGGUCCAGGACGUUCGCGAGGACAUUGAAAGCCUCCCCGGGGUGGUGACGUGCCACCACGUCCACAUCUGGCAGCUGUCCGACUCCAAGGUCGUGGCCUCGAUGCACAUCCAGGUCGCCUUCCCCAUCUCGGAGGCGGGGGGCAAGGAAUACAUGACCCUCGCCAAGCGGGUGAGGAAGUGCCUCCACGGCUACGGCAUCCACAGCGCCACCAUCCAGCCCGAGUUCUGCCUCGAUGAGUCGCACGAUCACGCCGAGGACGCAGAGCAGCAGCUCCGCCAGCUGGCCGGCUCCGGCGACGGGCCCGCCGAGCUGCGCAGGUGCGCGGGCGGCAACAACAACUGCCUGCUCGAGUGCGUCGACGACUGCGUCGGCCAGGGCUGCUGCUCCGUGUCUGGCGACGACACCGCCGUCGAGAGCGCUAGCACCGGCAGCCACUCGGCCCAUAGUCACGGCCAUGCUGAAGGGGAUGGGCAUCAGCAUCACUAG